GGGCGGUGCUGCCCGGUGGGCGGGGGGAGGGCGGACACGCCCCCCAAGGUUGUGGUGCCGGGAUUGGCGGGGUCCGCGGUGAGUGGCGGGGGCCGGGCGGGGCGGCGGAGGGCGGGCGGCCAGUUGUUGGUGUGCAGCUGCGGCGCGAACACGGGACGGCGCACUCAGCAGGAUCAUGUUGUCGGUGGAGUGGAGUGGGGCAGAGAGUGGAGUGAUCAGUGGUCAGGUGUAGAGCCAUGUGGCGGCUCCCGUGUGGCCCCCCGAGCCUUGGGUCCCACUAGUCGGGCCGCCCUAGCACGCUGGACAUGUGCCCUGGGUGGUGGGCGGGUCGCGGCUGCCUCCUCGGAGUCCUUCUGCUGCUGGCGGGCGGCGAGCCAGCCCCCGCCGCCCCCAGGACCACGCCCGGGGCCCCAGGGGCGUCGCCCUACCCCUCACAUCACCCGCCGAGGCUCCGGCAUCACUCGAAGGGCGAGGCAUCCUGGGUCCCCCGGGCGCGCCGCCCCCCGCCGCCAGCGAGCGACGCAGCACCCCCACCGCUGGACAGGCAGGGGCUGCCGCCCCUGGUGGCCGGGCCGACGGACCCCCCCGGGAUCACGGCGCCGGACCCCGGCAUGAUGGCCAGGCAGCCCCGCAGCACGCCCUCCAACAUCACUAGGAACUUUAGCCAUCACCACAAGUUUCGCCACCAGCUGUACAGCGAGAACUCUAAGCGCAUCCUGAAGCUGGCCACCAACGGCACCGUCAGCUUCAUCGAGCACCACAACGACCCGCACACGUUCCUCUACAUCAAGCCCAUGCCCGACGGAGUGCUGGAGCUGCGGAGUCAAGCGACGGGACUCUACCUCUGUAUGAAUCAAACCGGCUCUCUCUACGCCAGUUGCAACCGGAGCUCAGAAUGCCAGUUCGUCCACCAGCUGGAGGAGACCUACUACGACACCAUACGAAGCCACCGCUACAGGAAGCGUUACUUGGCCAUCCACACCAACGGCCGCGUCAAGCGUGCCCGCAAGGUGAAGGGGCACUUGAGGAAGGAACACUUCUUUCUCUUCCGGCGGCAGGCCAGGAAGAAGAUCAACGACAUCAUUGAACAGUACCAGGCGCGGCUGGGCCGGCCUCUGCAGCGCUGUGCCGGCUACAACGAGUACAGUGUGACGGCGUCGGGCGGCCAUCGUGAUGUGGGCCGCAGGGUCACUGACAUGACUACCACCACCACCACCACCACUACCACAACAACUUUGCCCACGACGACACCAGUCACCGCCGCCCCCACCAGCGUGGCGUCGGCGCGGCGGUGUCGUGUGGUUAAUGGGAAGAGAAGGUGCAGGCGGUGCAGAACUGUGAAGGGUAAAAGGAAGUGCAGGAGGCGGCCGAAAAAGUGCAAGUCGAAAAGAUGCAAAAGAAAACGAAAGAAACAAAAGCGGCGAAAAAAAGACGACAUUAAGCGAGAGAGGAGAGUCAGAACGAGAGGAGAGCGAGGCAGGGAGGCAGGGACAUCCUCCUCAUCGCAGGCCAGAGGGAGGGGGCGCAGGAAGAUGGAGGAGGGGAAGUCAGAGUCCGCUGAUAGUCAGCAGGCCCGAGGAUCACACCCACAGCAGACUCCGCGAAGGCAGCGGCCGACAGGAAGAGGUGGCCGAACGAGGCACUCCCGGGGCCGCGGCGGCAGUCGCCAGACACACGAGACCACAACUUCUCCCCCACCCACCACCACCACCACCACGCCCCUGCCCCCGCCCCCGCCCCCGCGGAGGAGCCCCAAGGUACUCAGCGGCUCAUCGGUGGUCGGGGUGGUUCCGCUCACACCGCCCUCCCGGCGGCCCUUUCCCUCGGCGCCCUCGUCCGCCCGCCCGUACCGUGUCCGACACGGCCACAACGCUCGGCGAGGGCGGCGGCCACGGGGGCGCCGCAGGCCUCUCACCUCAACUGAUGCUUAGUGUAUAUACUCCCGCUAUACCCUUUGUUAUGUAUAUAAUCGUAAAUAUUAUAUGUAAAUACAUAGAAUUUAAAAGAAUGAACCAAGUCCAUAAUAAGUGGGCUUAAUUUAUUUGAUCUAUUUAUUGUUCAAAUUGUUUCCCCCUGGAAUCAAAGGUCGACCACAAUGUAUGCGCUUGUCAAUCUUAGUCAGUGUGUGAGGACUGGUGCUCGUCCCGGCCGCCGAGAGAAUGGUGCUACCUUACCCUACCUGUGCCAUACACUCGCCAUAGUGCAGCUUCAACUAGAAAAGUUGAAAAUCAGCAUAGCAUGUGUAAUGCAACAUAUCAGUGUUUAAGGUCAGUUGUUAAUGACUGCCACAUGUUGUAGCAUGUGUUCUGAAAAAAAAAGUGUGCCAUAUUAGGAAGUAUGAGUGAGGAUGAGAAAAGUGUGAAAAUUGUAGAGAUUGUGAUGGCCAGAUGUCCCCAUCAGAAGACUACUGUGGUGCCCUGAGCUUUCAGGAAACAAUAAAUGUUUUAAGGACAUAUUCAUUAAAGGAAACAAUCAUAUUUUUAUUAAUCAGUGGUGAUUUCUUAGUCAACUAUUUGAAAGUUAAUAGUUGUUGACCUGUGCUAAAGAUCAUUCAUCCACUCACGAAGCUGCUGUUCUCCUGAGCCACAGCCCUGGUGAGCCGGCCAUUGCUUGCCAGGUGGCUGUCACCUGCUCACGCCAGCAGCAGCACUACUUACUAAAGUCAUAGCUUGAAGAGGGUAAACUUCAGCUCAUACAAGGCAGAGCCUCCUUGUAUUUCCCAUUGCUCACAACACAGCAGGGCAGAGUAGCUGUAGAGUCACUCAUGUCUUGGGCUGUGAGGUUUGGAGGCUAUUUUGCUCAUAUGGCAUUGUCCCACGCCUGAGGAGGCCCCCAGCGCCAGGCCCCCGGCUGCUGCCCCGCUCCCCUUCUUACACCAUAAGCUGGGUGGCAUCAGUUUGGGUGGCAGUGAUGGGCAGAGCAAGGUGUGCCCUGAGUAAUGGAGAUCUGCCACCACAGGACAUGGAAAUCCACACCAACCAUUACUGGGUGUUGCUCAUUGUGGCCACACCCACACUUCGCCCCUGUGCUCAUGCAGCAGCCCGGGUGCUGGUGCCGCCUGCAGGCAUGGCCAGGCCCUGAGUGGUCUGCUGGUGCCUGUAUCCACCCAGGUUGACCCUCCCCCAGUCUAGUCACAAUGUUUCUUGAGAGUCAGCCUGGACCUCUAGUAGAACGUCAGCUGCUCCCUGCUCCACCACCUCCACACAGCCCUCUCUUUCACCUUUCGACAUAAUUCUUGAGAAAUUUAACAUGAUGAGAAAAAUUAUAUAAUCAUCAUUGUCAUUUUCUGCAAGUAAGACUACCCUUAAAAUUCAGUAAAUUAUUAACUACAUGAAGCUUGAGUGGAAGGCUGACAUGCAGGUGGUGGAGCGAGGGUUGUUCUCUGCCUCAGUGCCCCCUUGUGCAGGGUAACUCGCCACCCUAAUGUGUGUGUCAGUAGUCUAGCAAGUGGCUAAUAUCCAAAGUUGUAACGAAAAAGUAUGUUGGUAGAGGCUGGUGUUUUAGACUUAGCUGGAGUCAUACCAGUCACAAGAACAAGCAACAAGGCUUUAAGAUGGUCACUCUUGAAGAAUGUACUUAUUACCGUCAGUCUAGAUUUUUAUAUAUUUUAUGUAAUUAAACUAAUUCUAAAACUAUAAUUGCUCCACUUCUGAAAUAUAUUGUCUGAAUAUUUUACUGAAAAUUAUAAGAUUGUAAAAAAAAAUAGAAAAAAAUCAUUGGUAAGUGUUAGUGCUGUGUCUACUGCUCAAUACCUUUUUCAAGUGAGGCAACAAUAUUCCACCAACUUCCCCCUCUUGACCCAAUAUACCUGUACCUCCUAUGAAACAUACACACACUGCUAUACAUGUUGCUAUCUUCACUUGACUGCACAUCUAAUUCACAUGCAAGUAUCACUUAUAUCCACCCACCCACCCACCCUCUCACGCACACACACACACACACACACACACACGGUACCAUGAUUUACUAGCUGGCUGUGGUUGGUACCCAGGAAGCAGUUCUUGGCUAAAUGAAUCAUGAAGAUUAUUUAAUAAUUAUGAAAAGAAACAAUUGAGUGUAUGCAUAGGUAAACACUUUUAUAUAUUAGGAAUUUAAUGUGUAGUAUACAUGCAGAUGUGCACACUUAAAACAGCUCAAACACUAGAGUACAGUUAUAUAUUUUUCAUACUUGUUUCAAUAUUACAUGUGGAAAGAGCACGAUGUACUUGAGGCAUUAACAGCAAAUCAGUUGGCGUUCUCACAGUUUAUUAUAAUUAUCAUUUCAGAACAUGUAGAUAUGUCAAUGAUAAAGGUAACCAAAAGGUA